AGCGGCCAUUUUUAAUUCCGCGCUACUCAGGAGUAUCCUUGAGAUCUGAAUUUCUAGUAUCUUCGGUUUCUUGAGGGAUUUCAUGUUUCUCUGUCAAAGAAUGUUUAAAUUUAAGACGAAGUCAUGGUUGGUGAUCCAAAGAUAAGCAGUUGGUUUUAAAAGCUGUUCUUUUCCGGACAGGUUCUUUAAAUCUGUUGAAGAUUUCAUCACUGUCCUCUUAAAGUAAAAGCGCUCACUCGUGUUUACUUUACCCAUGACUUGGCAUGAUGUUAUAACUGUGGGCACCAAAUACCUUCGAAGAUUACAUAGACUGCCGGUGAUAUUACUUAAACAACCCAGAUCAUUCCUGCUUCCAAGAUACUUUGUACCAUAUCCUCGUAUCUGUUCAAAUUUCGGACGAUUAACCAAAUAUAUUGGCAAUCAUUCACAAGCCAACUCAUUGGUUAGAGCAGUAUAUAGGAAGAUUAUUAGUAGUAGUACUCAACAACGACCAAACUCAUUACUAAGAGUAUAUAGAGGUUUCGCUGGAUCCGUUCAAUUGAGGCAUUACGUGUCUAACAGACAUGAUUAUUCUUUUCACCCGAUCAACAAGAUUUGUAAACCAAAACAUGAAUCUUGGUUUUCAAGUAUCUUUGGCACAAACAAAUAUCAAAUAUUGCCUAACUUGUGUACAAGUUCCGCGGACUCAAUAAACCCGAAAGAGUUUAUAGCGGCAGGAUGUAACAGUGCUGUAUGGGCAGCUGAAGUUCGUCAACAAUAUCCAAAUGAUAAUGAAUUCAUUGAUAAAUUAGCUGUGAAAGUACUGUAUAACUAUUACACGAAUUCAUCUUAUGAUGAACAAGCUAAUUUACACAGUGAUUAUAAUUCAUUACAAAAUAUUCCUGAUAAUUGGGUAUUAUUACAUCGUCAAAUUCAAAGAGAAUGUGAACUUCGUCCUCAAACGAAUCAUCCUAAUAUUGUUCCAUUAGUUGGACAUUUUAUUGAUCGUGCACCUCAAGUCAAUUCAGUAAAUGAUUCACAUGUUCAUAAUGAUAAUUAUAAUGAAUCUAAUAAUGAUUUAUCUUCUGGUCAAGUUUCACAAUUUAACCAUAGAACUAUUCAAUCAAAAUGUUGGCCUGGUAUAGAAUACUUUUCAGAAGGCUUCGACAAUCGACCGUAUACAUUCUACAUGUUGAUGCCAAGAUUUGAAGCAACUUUGGAUGAUCUCUUACGAGGAAAUUUAAAAUGUAAGUUCAAACAAUCACCAGCUGAAAUAAAUCACGAAGGUAUUAUUGAAUCUAAGCAAACUCAGAGUGAUAAUACUAAUCUUGCACAUAUUAAUCAAUAUCAAGAAACAAAUGUUUCUAAUACUUUCACACCAUUUUUUCAAUUACAUACUGAUUUACAUUACUUGUUUAAUUCAAGCCUAUUGAAUUCUGCAUAUAUUAAACAUGGUGAAAUGUAUCUUCCUGUAGAAGAAAUUGUAGCUAUAAUUGCUCAAUUAUUUGAAGCAGUUGCCGAACUUGAAGCGCAUGGUAUUGCUCAUAGAGAUAUCAAACCAAAUAAUAUACUUAUACGUCGACGUGUUCCAUUUUUGAAUACUAAUCAAACAUUUGAUAUAAACAAUACUACUUAUAAUACUUUUGUUCAGUUCCAUCUAAAUUGGUUAAAUGACAAAAGAUUACAAAUGAUUAAUUCACAUUUUCAUGUUGCAUUAACUGAUUUCGGAUGUGCUAUUCGAACUGGACAUCGUCAUAUUAAUGAUAAUAAUAAUAUAGAAGAAGAAGAGUAUCUUAAUCAUAGUGGAAAUUUGGCAUUAUUAGCUCCAGAAAUAGCACAGAUCAUUUAUUCACUUAAAGAUAAUUCAAACAAUUUACACAAUAUUAUAACUAAUAAAGAUUAUAAACAUUCAGAUUUAUGGGCUAUUGCUACAUUAAUUUAUCCUUUGUUUGGAAUACCUAAUCCAUUUAUUGAUGGGACAUUUUCUUCAGUAAACUAUACCGAGGAUUCUUUACCUGAACUUCCUCAUAAAGCACCAAAAAUAAUGACAUGGAUUUUACAUCAAUGUCUUAAACGUAAUCCAUCAGAAAGACCUAAUGCUGAUGAAAUUGCAGAUAUUUUGCAUACUUGGUGUCUUAUUCGACAUUUUCACAGUAGACAAGAAGUUGAUAUUUUAAAAGAUUUUUCGCAAUAUCCAAUAAAUUCUGCAACCAUAAAUAUUGAUUCUUUGACUGCAGAAUUUAAAAACUCAAUAAAAUUCCAUAAAGUACAAAGUAAUAAGCUCAUCAACCGUUUAUGUGAUCUCCUAAAUGUAUGUUGGGCAGGUGAUUGGUUAUCUGGAGCUGCUCGUCCUCCAAAUGGUAUACGCUCUCUGUUUUAUUCACGAGCUACUCCUGGACGUUUGGCGCUUUGUUUAAAUAUCGUAUAUCAAUUGGAGUGUUUCGGUGUCCAACAUGUGUUGAAUUCCUCUCCUAACUACCAAUAUUAGUAGUCUGACAUCUUGAAAAUUAAUUUUAAAAACCCAGAUCACGUAUUUUUUAUGCUUAUUUAUUCGUUACUUUCUUCAUAAUCUCUAAUUUUAUCGUUUUUCAUUUACGCUCAUCAUAUUCUUACAGAUUGUUUACAUAUAGUAUCAUCCUCUCUUGCUCAUAAAAGUAUAUUG